AUGUCAUCAAGUGGAACAAUUUGGAGCUAUGAAGAAGAAAAGGCAUUUGAGAAUGCCAUAGCCAUGCAUUGGAUUGAAAAACAAGAUUCAAAAGAACAAGAAUGGGAAAAGAUUGCUUCAUCUGUCCCUGACAAAAGCAUGGAAGAAGUGAAACAACAUUAUCAAGUGUUGGUAGAUGAUGUUAGUGCAAUUGAGGCAGGUCAUGUUUCAUUUCCUAAUUAUCCUAAUGAAUUGGAAAGUAGUUCAAAUAAAGAUUCUUCUAAGUCCACCACAAGUUUGGAUAAGAGAUCAAGUUGUCAUUUUGGUAGUGGGUUUUCUGGUUUGGGACAUGACUCCUCCACCCACCAUAGUAGUGGUAAAGGUGGAUUGUCAAAGUCUUCAUCAUCAUCAGAACAAGAAAGGAGAAAAGGAAUUCCAUGGACAGAAGAAGAGCAUAGGCUAUUUUUACUUGGUUUAGACAAAUUUGGAAAAGGAGAUUGGAGGAGUAUUUCAAGGAACUUUGUGAUAUCAAGGACUCCAACACAAGUGGCAAGUCAUGCACAAAAGUAUUUCAUAAGGUUGAAUUCGAUCAAUAGAGAUAGAAGAAGGUCUAGUAUUCAUGAUAUUACUAGUAUUAACAAUGGAGAUGUAGCUAGUAAUCAUCAAGCACCAAUAACAGGUCAACAUGGUAACACAAUUCCUUCAAAUGCAAUGAGUUUAGGACAAUCAAUGAAGCAUAGAGUUCAUCCUCAUCAUCCUGGUGCUGGUUUAGGAAUGUAUGGAGCACCAGUUGGACAUCCUGUUGUUGCUCCUCCUGCUCAUAUGACUUCUGCAGUUGGAACUCCGGUUAUGCUUCCUCAUCAUCCUCAUCACCAUCCACCUUAUGCUGUUCCUCUAGCUUACCCUAUGGCACCUCCACCAAUGCACCAAUAA